AUGGACCCUCCAAGAACGCCAAAAAGAGCUGAAACCAGAGAUCAGCCACAAAUCUCAGCUGCAUCAAGAGAAAAAGCUGAAGCAGCCAAAGCUUUUAUAGCUGAAAAAUAUUCGAAGAAAAAAAGAGAAGAAACUGAAAACCGUGAGUAUUGAGACGAAAUCAACAAAAAAAUGACUGAGCUAAACUUGUCUGAAACCGAGCAACAAAUUGUAAAGGAAGAAAUCAUGCAUAAAGAAGCUGAAAGACUUAGGCUGAUGCGUGCAAGAAUUAGCAUAUUUGAUUUUGAACCUAUAACCAUCAUUGGAAGAGGCGCAUUUGGCGAAGUCAGAGUCGUUAGGCAUAAAACUUCUAAUGAAAUCCUUGCCUUGAAGAAGAUGAACAAAACGGAAAUGAUAAGGAAAAACCAAAUCCAGCACGUAAGGGCCGAAAGAAACGUCCUCGCUAAAGCAAAUAACCCAUGAAUUGUAGAGCUAAAAUACUCUUUUCAAGACGAAAAAUACCUGUAUCUGGCAAUGGAAUACUUACAAGGUGGUGAUUUGAUGACUAUUCUUAUUAAAAGAGACAUUCUUCCUCAGGAUGAGGCCAAAUUUUAUAUUGCUGAAAUGGUUUUGGCUAUCGAAUCUGUGCAUAAGUUGAAUUACAUCCAUAGAGACAUCAAGCCAGAUAACGUAUUAAUCGGUAGAGAUGGCCAUGUCAAGCUUUCCGAUUUUGGGCUCUGCAAACUAAGUGAGGUCCAGCCUGACAAUUUAUACUCAAACUUGAAUAAGCUCGAAGAUGAAGCUAGGGCUAAGCAGUAUAUAGAAAAGAAAUCAGAUUACAAGAGAAACCGUGCACUGGCUUACUCGACUGUGGGAACUCCUGAUUAUAUUGCCCCAGAAGUCUUUGGCAGAGGAGGGUAUACGGAAACUGUAGAUUGGUGGAGUGUUGGAGUUAUUUUAUUUGAAAUGGUGGUUGGGUAUCCACCCUUCUUUUCAGAUGAACCUUCAAUAACUUGUCAAAAGAUACUGCAUUGGAGAAGCACUUUAGCAAUCCCACGUGAAGCUAAUUUGAAGCACUCUACUUGUGAUUUAAUAAGAAAAUUAGUAUGCGAUGCCCCAGACAGGCUUGGAACUCGUGGGGUAGAAGAAAUUAAAGAGCACCCAUUUUUUAAUGGAGUUAAUUGGGACAAUAUUAGAAACACCAGAGCACCAUGGGUUCCUGAGGUAUUUUUUAGUUAGUUAACAAGUGACUCAGACACAGCCAAUUUCGAUACUUUUGAAGAAAUGGAGCCAUUUUACCCACUUGAAGGGCAAAGAAGGAAAAAAGGGAAAAAAGACAACAACUUUGUAGGCUAUACCUUUAAGAAAGAAAACGAAGAGCAGACAAAUACACUGCUAAAUGCGUUGCAGGAGCUUGAGUCUAUCAAUAAGUCAAAUUCAGGCAUGAGGCCAGUCAUUUCUCCUUCACAAGGAAGCAACCAAAGAAGAUUUGUUCUAGACUCUCAAGAACUUUAUUCAGGUUAA